UGCUAAACUAAAAAUAGAAAACGAAGAUAACUAGAUUCAUGUAUUUUUGCGCUCAUGGACAGAGUGAAUUCAACAUAGUCAUGUGUGCAAACCUAUAUGGUCUAUAAGUAGCCUAGCUAACUGCUUUUAAAUAGGAACAGGCCAGAGGAGCAUCUCAACAUGUUGCGGAAUCAAGACGGCUGUCUGACCGACGUUCCCGAUAACUAGUCAAACUUUCCAAUAGCUCAUCCCGGCGGUCGACGUUACUGCAUUUCUCGGACAACUCGCUUCGCAUUCUGCUCAGGAAUUUUCAUCUUUCAUUAAAGGAGAAAAUGAGGUGGGCUUGGCUGUCCACUUGCCUCCUGCUGAGUGCGCUUUGGCUGGUGGAGGGCGUGGAGGUUGACCUGGAGACUGACCGCGACUGGGACUGGGGCUCCGGCCUUCAAGAGCUACUUCACAGCUUCCCAGCAGACAGCCCGUUCAUGACGGAAACUCCGGGGAGCCCGGCCAACUGUUCUCAGAGGUUCUGGCUGCCCCCGUCCUCCCCCAUCUGCUGGGACAACAUUGCCGGGCCAGAGGAAUUCGAACGGUCCCGUCUCUUGGUUCUGCAGAACCGCGCUGCCCUCCGUGCUGUGACCCACGACAGCGGCGUGGGGGAGGGGGGUGCCGCCUCCUACAACCAGCAGGCCAGAGAGGACAUGCAGGGCAUUCGGACGGACUACGUUGACAUUGUCCAGACGGCUGAGACCAUGGAGAAGGUCUUUCAUUCCCUGCACGAGAAGAGGAGGGAGGGCACAGAGCUUUGGACGUUUUCAAGCUUGAAGGAGCAACUCGAGAAAACGAAGGACUCCAUCUACGGCAGGGAGCACCUGGCCAGCCUUCUGGAGAAACAGUUGUCCAGCCUGGAGGGGUCGUUACACAUCCUGCAGAUGCGACUGGCUAGGUUGCUCACCCAAUGACCACGACUGAGCCAGAGACACAGCUGCAAACAGAGGUUAUCCUACAAUCUGUAUGUUAUGCAUGGCCACCAAACUGGUAAUGGAACCCUAUCAUCAAAAUAAACAUGAGGAUUCUUUUUAAAUGAUAUGUGCUUACCCCUAUAAACUACCCUCUGAAUCUCAGGGCUCUGGCUUCCUAACUUGUAAUGGCACGUCAGUCUCUAGCCACACAGAGGCUUGUACCUGCGUUUUUGCAAUAAAAUCUAUUUUUAUAAGCCUA